GCAGCCGGACACCGGGAGUGUCACCAUGGCUCAGUCCAAGGGCACAGUGGUCCUUGCCUACAGCGGGGGGCUCGACACCUCCUGCAUCCUGGUGUGGCUGAAGGAGCAGGGCUACGACGUCGUCGCCUACCUGGCCAACAUUGGGCAGAAGGAAGAUUUUGAGGCAGCACGAAAGAAAGCCCUGGCACUGGGGGCCAAGAAGGUUUACAUCGAGGAUGUCAGCAGGGAGUUCGUGGAGGAGUUCAUCUGGCCAGCAGUUCAGGCCAAUGCGCUCUACGAGGAUCGGUACCUGCUGGGCACGGCGCUGGCACGGCCCUGCAUCGCCCGCAAGCUCGUGGAGAUCGCCCAGCGAGAGGGAGCCCAGCACGUCGCCCACGGGGCCACAGGCAAGGGCAAUGACCAGGUUCGGUUCGAGCUCAGCUGCUAUGCCCUGUGUCCCAAGAUCAAGGUUGUUGCACCGUGGAGGCUGCCUGAGUUUUACCAGCGCUUCCCUGGACGCCGUGAGCUGAUGGAUUAUGCCAAGAAACAUGGGAUCCCAGUGCCUGUGACACCUCAGACGCCCUGGAGCAUGGAUGAGAACCUAAUGCACAUCAGCUAUGAAGCCGGGAUCCUGGAGAAUCCCAAGAACCAGGCUCCUCCAGGGCUCUACACCAAGACCUGUGAUCCAGCCAACUCUCCCGACACCCCAGAUGUGCUAGAGAUCAAGUUUGAGCGGGGUGUCCCAGUGGAGGUCACCAACACUGGGGAUGGAGCCACUCGUUCCUCGGCCCUGGAGCUCUUUGUGUACCUGAACGACAUCGCGGGCAAGCAUGGGGUUGGGCGUAUCGACAUCGUGGAGAACCGCUUCGUUGGGAUGAAGUCCAGAGGUAUCUAUGAGACCCCAGCAGGGACGAUCCUAUACCAUGCGCAUUUAGAUAUUGAGGCCUUCACCAUGGACCGGGAAGUGCGGAAAAUCAAGCAGGGACUCUCCUUGAAAUUCUCAGAGCUGGUGUACAACGGCUUCUGGCACAGCCCUGAGUGUGAGUUCCUGCGGGAGUGCAUCGGGCGCUCGCAGGAGCCCGUGGUGGGCACCGUCCGCCUGUCCAUCUUCAAGGGCCAGGUCUACAUCCUGGGCAGGGAGUCCCCACGGUCACUCUACAAUGAGGAGCUGGUGAGCAUGAAUGUGCAAGGCGACUACGAGCCCGCCGAUGCCACCGGCUUCAUCAACAUCAACUCGCUCAGGCUGAAGGAAUAUCAUCGUCUCCAGAGCAAGGUCACCGUAAAGCAGGAUGAAUAGCAAUCAAUCGCACGCGAGCCUCCCGCUCCCCUUUCUAAUUUCUCUAAGAAGUAGCACUAAUUGUGGUGGCAAUUUGUAAUUGUAACUCGUCUCCCUGGAGCGGAGUGGCGGCGGAGGUGACGGCUUUGUUACUGGGCUGCAAGUGAAAUGCAGUCAGGGGAAGGAAAAAAUAAAGGUUUGUCCAUCGGAG